AUGGUCCUUCGUACUCAGUUCAUCGGUAGUGAGGAAAGUAUUUUGGAAUAUCCGGCAGAAGCAACUGCUGCAAACAGUUCGACAAACAGCAGUAAUUUAAGACCUACCGGAGCUUUGGCCGAUCUCAUAAGAAGUCGUGAUUUUGUUAUAGACUUUCCUAGAGUUUUUGUUUUGGAAGGUGGUAGUGAAACACGACGUAGAAGUGCAAUAUUCAACGAAGGCCUACCCGAGAGAUCACAGUCAUCGAUGGGUUUGGCCAAUGCUAAAGAUUGGAUGUCUACGGUGGCUAAUAAGUUAGAAGAACAACAAGGUAUAAGGAGAGCCCGCAAAAAUAGCCAAGGAAUGGAAAUGCAGGAGAACCUUUUGAGUGUACGUCAAGAGUCUAUGAAAAUGCGUCGCUCUCGUUCCACCGAAGGGCGUUACUGUGUGCGCCGAGAAGCCGAAACACCUGAGGCAAAAGCAAACAAUAAUGAAUUGGAAGUGGAAGGCGCCUAUGGUGGAUCGAAUGUCCAAAGUAUCUCUAAUUCCUGUUCUACUAGUAGACGUAAUAGCAAUUCUAAUCCCUUAAGUCAUUUACAACCAGUAGUGGCCUUAAAAUUUGAUAUUUUAAAUAAACGUCGAAAAUCCAUUACUACACGUCGUGCAAGUGAUGUCAGCUUAAAGCCUUUAGUGCAAAAUGAAAAGGAAGGCGAAGGAGAAGGAGAAGUAGCAGAACCCGCAGCGAUCGAAGAUAAUUUGCCAAGUAUUACUAUAGAAAUUGUUGAUGAAAAUAAUAAAUAGUUGAGAUUUGUUAAUCGAA